AUGGACGGCUUCGUCGAGCGCGUCGCCCUCACCCUCAAUGCUAUGGAUCCGACCACGCCGCCGUCGUACAACGAGGGGAUGCCGCGGACAGAGCACUACUUCCACCUUCCACCGCGGAGCGUCAAACCGCCUUGGGCGACUCUCAAGCUGAUCAGCCGGUCCCAGUCUGCGACGCAACUUCCUAUCUUUCUCGAGGGGGACAGGAUUGGGGGGCGGUUGACAUUCAACUUGACGCAGCCCGAGAGCAUCGUCGCCAUCAACGCAUACGUGAGUGAAGGGUCAAAUCAUCCCGGUCCGACCGACAAGGACACGUUCCCCUUCCUCGAGGUAUCAACAACACUUUGGACGAAAGCCGACGGGGACCCGCGCAAUCCGGGCGGCCGAUUCUCCGGGAAACUAAGCGGGCACCACGAAUGGAACUUUUCGAUCAACAUGCCGAAGGCUGUUACGAUCCCCACGACACCAUAUUUCACCGGGGCAAGCUUUCCGCUGCCCCACACAUUCCGCGAACGACGGUUUCCAACCAGCAUACAAUAUCUUCUUGUGGUCGAACUAAUACGAGGUCGAUUUCGCACGAAUUCACGCAUACAAACCGAAUUCGCCUACGUCCCGGGGACGCGACCUUCCCCUCCUUCUGCAUUACGCCGGCUCGCGUACCAACAAAAUACUCCUCUGAUUGGACCGGAAAUCGACACAGCAGGCUGGAAACAGUUUCCCGCGCUCCAUGUGAAGGGGACCAUAUUCAACAAGCGCCCGGUCGAGAUUAUCUGCACACUUGCUUUGGCUAAACCAUUAUCUUACACACGAGGGUCGCCACUGCCCUGCCUAAUGACGUUGGCGUCCACCGACGCUCAAGCUCUGGACCUGUUCGCAUCUCCGCAGUCUCUCUCGGUCUACCUUCGACGACGUCUCAAGCCUAUAGUCUCCGCGUCGAAGCGAACCGGGAUGUUCGACGCCAAUGCCGAUUUGUCUGCUGAUCCUGCCGAGAAUAUGGCCGUAGCGACGUGGUGGCCAACCUCGCCGAAUCCAGAGACCCACAUGCCUUCUCGACGUCUCAGUGGGGAGAUCUACCUCCCGGCAACGUUGAAACCGACGUCCCGGAUAGCCUACUUUGCGGUCGAGUACUCUGUCGAGGUUCUCCCGUUUAAGGCGACGACAUUCGUUCCUUCAGCAGACUCCGUCGUCCCCCUGCUCAAGGUCGACAUCGAGGUGACUACGAUGUUCGCAGCCAACUCAGAACGCCCCCGAGUCUACGCUCCCGUUUCCCACGCGGCCUCGAUGCAGCAAGAGCCUACCCGGGACAAUUACUUCAACGUUCCCAUGGACGAGAUGUCCACUGUCUGGCGCACUUGAAGGCGAUGUCAAAUGCAGGAUCCAGACAGAAGGGGCUCAGCUGAAGAGGCCCGACCUGGCGGCAGGCCCGGCCUGACUUUCACUUCGCGUCG